UGUUUUCAUAUUAAAGUGAAUCCUCCAAUGAGCAUUUCCGGGAGUGAUGUGUUGCCUGCCCUAUACUGUUUGAAAUGUGAGAUGUUCGCUGACGAAAUUGAAAGUGAAAGUAAGAGAGCGGCAAAACGUGGGGGACAUAUCACGGCGAAACUGACUUCAAUCUCUAUCUCUUUGUCUUGUCUCUAAUCAAUUUUUUAAACGAAAUCUUUAUCUCUACACCUUAUUUAACUCUAUUCUUCUCUGCAGUCUUCACGGACUACAGUUUGCGCGGUUUGACGGGUCUUUGUCUCUGAAGCAGCACGAUGGACGCUCUGAUGCUGAUGGUGUUAGCGGUGUGUGUGUUCUGCUGCCAAGCUGCUCCUGUGUCCAACAGCCUGCAGGUGGGGGGGUCUCCGGUCUCGGUGCACCUUGGACACACAGCCACCCUCCCCUGUUGGCUCUCCCCCCCCCAGAGCGCCGAGCAGCUGGAGGUGCGCUGGUUCCUCCCGGGAGAAGGCUUCGACUCCCCGGUGCUGCUGUACCAGCGGGCCCAGCUGGAGCACGGCUCGCAGGACGCCGCGUACGCCGGCAGGGUGUCACUCGGCCUGAAGGACGCAACGUCCAGCGGGCUGCGGGAGGGGGACGUGAGCCUGAAGCUGGCAAACGCCACGCUGCAGGACGCAGGAGACUACAGCUGCUACGUCAGCAGCGACAAGGAGUACGACACAGCCACCGUCAGCCUGGUGGUGACAGAAACCGGGACCCCCCCUCUGCUGUCCGCAGUGUGGAUACCGGGCGGUCGGGUGAACCUGAGCUGUGAGUCCGAGGGUUGGUCUCCCCGCCCAAGCCUGCGCUGGGCCGACCCCCUGAAGACCCUCACCCCGCAGAGCCUGCAGUACAGCACCGCCCCCUCCGGCCUGGUGUCGGUGCAUAGCUGGAUCCUGCUGCCCGCCUCCACCCGGGUGUCCUGCUGGGUGGAGAAGCAGGAAGUCCGGCUGCAGCUGCAGGAGCCCCCUACUCCUCCUCAGGGGUCGGGGGGCGGAACAGCAGCAGGGUGGGCAGCAUUCGGGCUCCUCCUCUCCGCAGUGCUGCUGGCAGCUGCAUUUCUGCUCUAUAGAAAAAGAGGAAAGAAAGCCAAAUUGUUCGUUGAGGGACCGGAGAAUCAGAAACUUCUACCAAAAGGCAAGAUCGAGCCAACACUGAUAUCAACAGCCCAACAGAGCUACGUUAAUGUGAAACCAGAACAUGAUGGAAAUGAGUACCUCAAAAUUCGGGACAAUAAAAUCAGAGACCUGCAGAGGGAAGAGACACCGUCACCUGAUCUCCCCAAUGGAGAUCAGGUGACCUGUCUCACCUGUCUCACCGCCAUCACCGGGACACCCCCCCUCUCCUCUGGACAGCACUACUGGGAGGUUUCUCUGGGGCAUUCGACGGUGGGGCUGAAGCAGUCCUGGUGGGUGGGAGUGACGAGUACAGCCUCCAUCCCAGCAGACUCGCACCUCACUCCAUCCUCCUCCAACGGGUUCUGGUUCCUAUCCUCCUCCUCCACCAGCCUACAGCUCAGCACAGAGCCAUCGGUGCUGCUGCCCCCCCCCGGGCCGCAGACCCUCGGGGUGUUUCUGGACAUUGACCGGGGGAAGCUCUCCUUCUAUAACGUGGAGGAACAGAGCCUCAUCUGCAGCCUCACCGCAGCUUUCACAGGGCCGCUGUUCCCCCUGUUCAACCCCGGGAAGGGCGACAAGGCACCCAUGGUGUUAUUACAGAGGGAGGUGGAGUCUGAGCAGGGGGGGGGGCAACACUGAGGUGUUCUGUGAAACUGAAGCGGCACACGAUGGAGAAGCUUUACAGGUUAGGGAGUGUGGUGAGGUGCUAUAGCUGUAGUCAGAGCGGAACUACAUUUUCAUGUUUUGAUUAAUAAUAAUAAUGAAGAAUAUACAUUUUUACUUUGAGGUGCAGCUUGAUAAGUCCUCUUCGGCGAACAUGUUGUUCAGUUAACACUCCAUAGUUCCGUCCAUCCUCUGCAUGUACCCGCUGAUAAGAUAAGAUAGUACUUUAUUGAUCACAAUUUGUGAUAUUAAACACUGUUAUGAAUAUCUUUUAAUAUUUGUGUGAAUAAACUCAGUCUGCAUGUGUUCA